AUGGCAUCAGAGGAGGGAACGAGUGUGUUCGAUAACUGGAUCUUCAAAGAAUAUUCCGAGCUGUGGUGCUGGUUGGGACACAGACCCUGUAACUGGAGUGCUCUAUCAGAGAAACACCCAAGCAGUUCUGACCUGGCAUCAAGCAAGGAAAAGCUGCCAGCAGCAAGAUUCCGACUUACUAAGUGUCAUCGAGCUACACGAACAAACAUAUCUUACAGGCUUAACCAGUUCUUGAGCACUCCAUUGUGGAUUGGACUAAAUAGUUUGGAUUUUGACAGUGGCUGGCAAUGGAGUAAUGGUAACCCAUUCAGAUACUUGAACUGGGCACCAGGCUGUCCCUCUUCCCAGCCGGGUCUGAACUGUGCUGUGUUGAAUCCUGGAAAAGGUGCCAAGUGGGAAGACAAGGCCUGUUCAAAUAAACUGGGAUACAUCUGUAGGAAGGGGAAUGCUACCAACCUGAUACCCACAGUGCCAGUGAACAGUCAGCUCAGUUACUGUUCUAAUCACUGGGUGCCGUACGCAGGGCAUUGCUAUUACAUAGAAAGAUCAAAAAAAAUAUGGAAGGAGGCUUUGGCUGCAUGUCACAAGGAUGGAGGAGAUCUUGCCAGCAUCCAUAAUAUUGAAGAACACAGCUUUGUUAUUUCACAACUUGGAUAUUUGCCAAGUGAUGACCUCUGGAUUGGACUUAAUGACCUGAAAAUGCAUAUGCUGUUUGAGUGGAGCGAUGGAUCACACGUGACAUUCACCAAAUGGCACACUGGAGAACCAAGCCAUUCUUCUAACCUCCAGGAGGACUGCGUUCUCAUGAAAGGAAAGGAUGGCAAAUGGACAGAUCACAUCUGUGAAAAGCAAUAUGGAUACAUUUGCAAGAAAAAAGCCUCAUCCAAGCCACAUGGUGCCCCCGAGAUUGUGGAACAGGGUUGCAAGAAAGGUUGGACCAGAUAUGGCUUUCACUGCUAUUAUGUGGGAUCUGACAUGCAGUCAUUUACAGAAGCAAACCAGACUUGCAAAAGUAAAGCAUCAAGCCUGGUUACUGUUGAUGACAGAUAUGAACAUGCCUAUCUAAUUAGCUUGGUUGGACUAAGGCCCGAAAAAUAUUUCUGGCUGGGUUUGUCAAACACAGAAGAUCGGGAUACAUUUAGGUGGACAACUGGUCAAGACGUCAGGUUUACUCACUUUAAUGUCAACUUGCCAGGUGCAGUAUUACAUUAAAUAUUAUUUCACUGU